GUUUUUCCUCAUGUGCUACAUGUUUGUCAACCUGGCGUGUGCGGUGCAGACUUUGCGGACGCCCAACUGGCGGCCCCGCUUCCGCUACUACCACUGGACCCUGUCCUUCCUGGGCAUGAGCCUCUGCCUGGCACUGAUGUUCAUCUGCUCCUGGUACUAUGCGCUGGUCGCCAUGCUGAUUGCCGGCCUCAUCUACAAAUACAUCGAGUACCGUGGGGCAGAGAAGGAGUGGGGUGAUGGGAUCCGGGGGCUGUCUCUGAGCGCAGCCCGCUACGCCCUGCUGCGGCUGGAGGAGGGUCCCCCCCACACCAAGAACUGGAGCUGCCGCCAGUCAAUCCGCCGCCUGAUGGAAGCGGAGAAGGUGAAGGGCUUUUGCCAGGUGGUGAUCUCCUCCAACCUGCGGGAUGGCAUGUCCCACCUCAUCCAGUCCAGCGGGCUGGGGGGGCUGCAGCACAACACGGUGCUGGUGGGCUGGCCCCGCAGCUGGCGCCAGAAGGAGGACCACCAGACCUGGAGGAACUUCAUUGAGCUGGUGCGAGAGACCACAGCUGGGAACCUGGCCUUGCUGGUGGCCAAGAAUGUCGCCAUGUUCCCGGGCAACCAGGAGCGGUUCUCAGAGGGCCACAUCGACGUCUGGUGGAUCGUCCACGAUGGGGGGAUGCUCAUGCUGCUGCCCUUCCUCCUGCGGCACCACAAGGUCUGGCGCAAGUGCAAGAUGCGUAUCUUCACAGUGGCGCAGAUGGACGACAACAGCAUCCAGAUGAAGAAGGACCUGACCACGUUCUUGUACCACCUGCGCAUCACCGCGGAGGUGGAGGUGGUGGAGAUGCACGAAAGCGACAUCUCCGCCUACACCUAUGAGAAGACUCUAGUGAUGGAGCAGCGCUCCCAGAUCCUCAAGCAAAUGCACCUCACCAAGAAUGAGCGGGAGCGGGAGAUCCAGAGCAUCACAGAUGAGUCCCGUGGCUCCAUCCGGCGCAAGAACCCAGCUAACACGCGCCUACGCCUGAGCGUCCCCGAGGAGCAGGUGGGCGACAGUGAGGAGAAGCCAGAGGAGGAGGUCCAGCUCAUCCACGACAAAAACGCCACCACCUUCUCCAGCAGCUCCCAAUCCCCCGGCGACGAGGUGGAGACGGCCCCCGAGAAGGUGCAUCUCACCUGGACCAAGGAGAAGUCUGUCGCUGAGAAGAACAAGAGCAAGAGCCCCGUCAGCCCUGAGGGCAUCAAGGACUUCUUCAACAUGAAGCCGAACCAAUCCAACGUGCGGAGGAUGCACACAGCCGUGAAGCUAAUGAGGCUCAGCUCCCAGCGCAUGGGGCCAGGCGGGGAUGGCAUGGGGCUGUCCCCAUGCUCCAUCUUGGUGUUGGUCCUCCUUGACGGCCGUGCAGACAUGGAGUUCCUGGAGGUGCUGACGGAGCACCUGGACCGAGUGCUCCUGGUGCGUGGUGGGGGCCGGGAGGUCAUCACCAUCUACUCCUGA